UCUACACAGAUGAAGGCGCCAUCGCACGGUCGCCAUGCUGGACGAGAAUCUCCCGUGCUUCUACCUGAAGCAGGCUGCUGCUGACGGCAUCAAACACCACCGCGACAUCCACCACUCGCACAAUGGCUCCAACCCCGCCCCCGCCUACUCCCUCCACAACGCCGAUCCCGCGAGUCUCCAGCCCGCCUACAGGAACUGUUACGGCGCCGCCUUGUUCGAUGCAUACAACCCCGACGUGCUCUUUGGCGAAGUCGUCGUUCGACCCGAUUGGACCCAGCCCACGCUGAAUCAGGAAGAGAUUCGACGGAAUGGCGGCAUUGCUCCUCCCCCUCAGCCCGUACUGCCGCACGACUUUGCCAUACAGCUCUACAAUCCCGACCAGCAGGUCAAGGUCGAUGUCAAGGAGGGCAAAUGGGGCGCCUCCGACUCGUACGAAUUCAGCUUGCCCUCCGUCGCCUUUCGAACCCCCAGCGCGAGUCACUUGGACAGAGGGCAGUCAGAUCCUGCCAUGCUGCCCGUCACGCCCAAGAUCAACUUUGUGUGGCGCAAAGAGAGCAAAUUGAGCAAGGAUCUCACCUGCUAUAUGACGGGAAAGAGCACGGAUUUGGAUUCGAAGAAGAAGAGCAAGAGGGAUCCAGAUAUUGCCGUGGCAUUGUGGAGAAGUCUGAGAGAAUUGACCAUAUACGAGUCAAACCUGGACAGACUCGAGUUGGAAGAUCCAAAAGGAGUCGAAGUGGUGCUUCUGCUCAGCGCCAUCGCGAUCAGAGACUUGUGGUUCGUGGCACACAAGGACGGACUGCGGGAAGCCUUCAAUAUCAGUGGUCUGCCCAAUGAGAGGAAGUUGAGCGGAGGCGGUAAGAAGUUGUCGAGUUCAUGUAGAGUGGUAAACGCAUUGAGUAUAGUCGGCGCUCCUGCAUUGUCACAUCAUCCACCUUCCGUACAUGCGGCACAAGGAGGACGGACCCCCAGUCAGCCUCAAAGCAUGGCCAACAACCCUUCAUCCAACCCCCAUCCACCAACAACUGCAUCUAAUUCCAAACCACCUCCGCACGUAGACCCUCGAUCUGCAUGGGAACUCGACGCCGAAACCGCCCGCCUUAAAGCUCAAGCUGAGGCUGAAGCAAAAGCCGAACGUAGACGACAGAAGGAGAAGGCCAGAGCCGACGAAGCUGAACGUCAACGUCUACAGCGAAUGGUUGCAGAAGAAGAGAGAGUUCGAAGAAUACGGGAAGCGGAGGUUGAGAAGGAAACGGAGAGAUUGAGGAAGAUUUAUGGUGUACCGCAACAACAGCAGCAGCAAGCGAACAUUGCGAGACCACAUACGAGCAUGGCUAUGGGACGUCCACAGAACCAGAGGGUCAAUAACUCUGCUGCGGGUGCUCCUCCUCCGCAGCCUCCCAGACAGCCGAGCAGACCACAGCAAGGACAGGGCAGUAGCGGAAUGUAUCGACAACCUGGUGCGAAUGCGAGUAUGAUGAUGAUGAGUGGUGCGAACGGUAACGCUAGUUCUUUGAAUCUGGGACAACAGCAGGCGAUGAAGAAGAAGAAGAGCUCCUUCUUUGGUUUGAGAGGGGGUUGUGGUACCGUCGAUCAGAGUACCACUGCGCAUGGCGGUGGCAGGCUAAUGAAGAAGAAUAGCGCCAUGUGGUAGAAGGAAGCGGAAGUGAACCGAGUCGAUUGUAUGAAUUUAGCGAGGAGUUUUGUUUGAUAUCCAAAAACCUUACACAUCAUCGUUGAUGUAUUGAGCUCAUGAUAAUUUCUUGGAUUCGAGAAGAGACCUCCUCCUCACAACUGAUUUGGAUUUUGAAUUACAUGAUUCAUGGGAAGAAGAACAAGAAGAAUAAG